AACUAGUUACAGGAAGAGAGACGCACGCAUGUGCAACUGCAUCAGCGCUGUCAAGCUACACAGCUAAAAGACAAAUUAAGUGUUUCAUACUUGGGAAAAACCAUUUGUGUUCUUCUUUGUGACUAGACAAUUAACGGAAUUGAUGAUUGUGCACAAGAUGGAAAGGAGUUGUCAUUAAAGUAUCCUACAAUGUUAAAAUGUGAAGUACAAGAAAAGUCCACCAGUUCAGCUGGGGAAGUCCCAAGGAAAUCCCCUAGUACGGAAUUAUUAUUUCGAAAUUGAAGGCGACGAUCUUCUCCUUCGACGAGAAGACAUGCGGCUGAGCACCCGAACAUCAACUCGGUACGAACAAAAUACUAGCUUAUAUUUAUGGAAUAGUGCAGAGGUUUUGCUUGCUCUAGCAACUCCUCUAUAAAGUUAUUAUUUAGGGUACGUCUGAAUUCUGAGAAGGGUGUACGAUGACUAACUUCCAAGUGGAUAACGAUGCGCUGAAAACCAAGAUAAGGAGUUGUUCUCUUCUAACAACGUUUUACCACGAAACGCAAAGGGAGAUUGCUAACUUAAGCCAACAUCUUUAUUCGCGGGACUCUAUUAUAGCUGAUUUAAAAGCAAGACUUGGGAAAUACGAGAGGACUUUAAUCAAUGUCGAAGGAGAGGAACCCGUGGUCAUUGGACCUUCAAAGUCUCUUUUGGAGAGUUUAUGCAAAGAAAUUUGCAAACUAAAACAAAGAUUGAAAGACUCUGAGGCAGAUGGAAACCAACAGUUGGAAGCAAGCAAACAAGAGGUCGAACGGCUUCAGAGGCAGGUGAGAGAGAAGGAGGAGGAGCUGGACAAACUGGCUCAGGGGACUGACCAGGAUCAGGAGCGGGAGAUCCGGCGUCUCCGCACAGCCCUGGCCGAGAGAGACCGCAUCCAGGCCACCCGCGCCGUCCUCUGCAACUCCCUGGCCGAGGAGGCUGACCAGUUGAGGGGCCAGCUGGGGACCACGGUCAGGGUCUGCCAGGAGCUCCUGGGCCGUCUGGAGAAGCAGAGGAAGAAAGCAGGCCUGGCCGAGGAGCCCGACCUCUCAGAGAAAGUGGACUCCGCAGAGGGGGCCGGUCAGAAUGAUUUAGUGGCCAAGCUGCAGGAGGAUAAUCAGCAGCUGAAGAAGAGAGUGGCAUAUGUAGAGAACCUCAACGCAAAGUGGCAGAAGUACGACUCGAGUCGGGAGGAGUACGUGAGAGGCCUGUGCCAGCGGCUGAAGGAGUCCAGCGUGCUGGUCACCGGGAGCCCUGCGGCAGCCGGCCCCGUGCUCAUGGGUCCAGGUCCGGCCCUGGUGCCUGGGGGGUCCGGCCUGCUACAGCAGGAGAUCGCCCGGCUCAACGUCCUCUUGCAGGAGAAGAUGAGCGACUGUAAGAGGCUAGCGGGAGAGAGGGACGAUAUAGCCAAACGGGAUCAGGAACGCAUCCAGAUGCUGGAGCAACAGGUCCUUGCAUACAUCGAAGACUUUAAGUCUGAGAGGGCAGAUCGGGAGAGAGCCCAGGGCAAGAUUCUAGACCUUCAUGAGGAGGUGGGCCGUCUCCAGCUGCAAAUCCGCAAUCAGACCCCAAGAGAAGUGCCCAAAACGUGUAGAGUCCACGCCAGUCGGAAGAAGUCGCCGCACAGGGACGCCAUGACGGAGCCACUGCUGGGGAACAGCGCGGAUCCGCCGGGGUCCAAGCGCUCGGCGACCCACUCGACGCCGAGCUCGGGGCCGAGGGCCGAGUGCAGAGGGACGGGCGACCUGCAGUGUCCGUACUGCUUCAGGACGUACGACGGCGCGCGCACCACAGAGUACAUGAAGCACCUGGACGAGUGCGCCGGACUGUGAGUGAGAGCGCGUUCAUUCCCCCCCCCCGGGGCGCAGUGCUCCGCUGGCACUCUCUCUGCGUGCGUCGGCGCCAAACAGCAAAAGCACUACAUGAGCCAUGCCUCGGAGCAAGGGCCAAACUGACAGCUUCCUCUGAAUCACAGUCACGUCAGAAUACGCACCUCGCAAAUACAAAAGUCAAAUCUAAAAAAAGUUUAUUUCCUUUUGAUUUUACUGGGAGAACUGGCUGUGUGUUGUUGUGGUAUGUCUAGUCAAGUAUUUUUUUGACAAGUUUAUUUUCACUGAAUGCUGCAUGUCAGACAAAUGUGAGUGACUAGACAUUAGGUACAACAGAAUAUACCUCAGUUGAAUAUUUUGUCUAUUCAAUAGAUGGAAAACCUUUGCACUUUUCAUUUACUAUUGCCAAAAUGGUUGAAAGCACAAAUGAAUAUGUUAUGUGUGUAGGGAAAUGCAUAAGCUUUUGGUAGAUUACAUGAUACAAUUAAUACUAUAUAUUUUAUUGUGUGUUAUUAUGGUGCUAUUCAUUUUAUUCUGUAAUGUCUAUGUAUAAUAUUUUGGUUUGUAAAGAAAGACAUUGAAAAUGACUCAUUUCCUGUUUUUAAAGAUUAAUGCUAAAUUUAAUCAUUAAAUUAUUGAAAUAUGUAUCACAGUGUUACAUUUAGUGAAAUGUAUCAGAAUGCUUUUAAGUAAAUAUAUAUUUUUGUAGUUCACUUUUAUUGAGGAAUGACAGAUUACAAUUUAUCACAAUAGGCUGUUUUCUGCUAGAAUUACUUCCUUGCCAUCUGAUUCACUUUGAACCAUGAAAGACCAUCAUAGACUAAAAACAGGAAAUACUGUAUGUGUGAUGUUAAGAAUCAAGUCUCACAGAUUGUUCCAAACUAAAUUGACUCAGUUUCAGAUGUCAUGGUACACUGUGUCAAAUCACAUCUUAACUGACACAUUUGUACCUAAGAAUAAGGGGGUGGGUUAUCAUGCAGGAGGUUUAUUUAACAAUAAAUAAAUAAAACAGUUAUUUCACA